AUGAGCAAAGGCGCCAUAAUCGGCGCGUCGACCGUCCUGGUGGUGGCGGUCGUCGCUGCCGUCUGCGUCGUGUCCUCAAGAGAAGCUAAGAAUGAGGAGGACAGCACCGAGCUUACGGCGUCGGUGAAGUCGAUCAAGUCCUUCUGCCAGCCCGUGGACUACAAGGCGGCGUGCGAGCAGACGCUGGGGGAGACGGCCGGCAAUGCGACGACCACGACGGAGCUGGCCAAGGCCAUCUUCAAGGCCACCUCGGAGCGGAUCGAGAAGGCCGUGGAGGAGUCCAGCCUGCUCAACGAGCUCAAACACGACCCACGCACGUCGGGCGCGCUCAAGAACUGCAAGGAGAUGCUCCACUACGCCAUCGACGACCUCAGGACCACCUUCGACCAGCUCGGCGGCUUCGAGAUGACCAACUUCAAGCACGCCAUGGACGACCUCAAGACGUGGCUCACCUCCGCGCUCACGUACCAGGAGACGUGCCUUGACGGCUUCGCCAACACCACGACGGACGCCUCCGCCAAGAUGCGCAAGGCGCUUAACGUCUCCCAGGAGCUGACGGAGAACAUCCUGUCCAUCGUGGACGAGUUCGGGGAUACCAUCGCCAACCUGGACCUGUCCAUCUUCAGCCGGCGGCUGCUCGGGCACGACGGCGCGCCCAGGUGGAUGUCGGACUCCAAGCGGAGGCUGCUGGAGGUGUCUCCCAGCGAGCCCGACUUCAAGCCGGACAUGACGGUGGCGGCGGACGGCAGCGGCGACUACAAGACCAUCACCGAGGCGCUGGCCAAGGUGCCGCUCAAGAGCGAGGACACGUACGUGAUGCACGUCAAGGAGGGCACGUACAAGGAGUACGUCUCCGUGGCGCGCAACGUGACGAACCUCGUCAUGAUCGGCGACGGGGCCGGCAAGACGGUCAUCACGGGGGACAAGAACUUCAUGAUGAACAUCACCACCAAGGACACGGCCACCAUGGAGGCGAUCGGCAACGGCUUCUUCAUGCGCGGGAUCACCGUGGAGAACACAGCGGGCGCCAAGAACCACCAGGCCGUGGCGCUGAGGGUGCAGAGCGACCAGUCGGUGUUCUACGAGUGCCAGUUCGACGGGUACCAGGACACGCUCUACACGCACACGAGCCGGCAGUACUACCGAGACUGCACCGUGAGCGGCACCAUCGACUUCAUCUUCGGCAACGCGCAGGUGGUGUUCCAGAACUGCAUCCUCCAGGUGCGCAAGUGCAUGGAGAACCAGCAGAACAUCAUCACGGCGCAGGGGCGCAAGGAGAGGCACUCGGCCGGCGGCAUCGUCAUCCACAACUGCACCAUCGAGCCGCACGCGGAGUUCAAAGACCACAUGGGCAGGCUCCGGACGUUCCUGGGGCGGCCGUGGAAGGAGCACUCCCGCACCCUCUACAUCCAGUCGGAGAUCGGCGACCUGAUCGACCCGCAGGGGUGGCUGCCGUGGCUCGGCGACUUCGCGCUCAGCACCUGCUACUACGCCGAGGUGGACAACCGGGGGCCGGGGGCCGACAUGAGCAACCGCGUCACGUGGAAGGGCGUCAAGCACGUGACCUACCGGCAGGCGGAAGAGAAGUACACCGUGGAGAGGUUCAUCCAGGGGAAGCUCUGGAUCUCCAAGUACGGCGUGCCCUUCAUCCCGGGGUUGCUGCCGCAGGAGCAGGCCGGCCACACUGAUGACACUGAGCGAAGCUAG